UAAUGAUCCCAGGAGGAAUAUUUUCAUAGUGUCUGCAGGAAAUAAAGGAAAAUUGCCCUCCUUUGUAACGUGUAAACUACAGCCAUAAAAAAUCAUUUAGACAUUGCUUGGAGUCAAUCACUUAAAAGAUUCCAAUAGUAAAAUCAAUACACAAACUCCGAUUAGAUUAGGAAUAGAAAAUAUAUUAGAAUAUUCAUAGAGUUAAGAAAUUGAAUUUAAUGCAUGAAAUACAUUAAGUAAAUCCUAAACUUCAUAAUGAGUUAAAAUAGAUUUAGCAUGAUCAACUGACCCUAAAAUUUGGUAUUAAGUUAUUUCUAUUAUAGCUGAAUACAAACAAUAACAAGAAUAAUGUGCUGAGAUAUUAUCAGAUACUCAGGAUAGUUAUAUUAAGUAUUAACAAUAAUUAGAUCAUCAUGGAUCAGGAUUAAAAAUAUUUCAUAACAGACCUCUCAUUCGGAAUAUAAUGGAAGAAUAUGAUUAAGAAGAGAGUACCUAUAGUGAUUCAUACAUUAAUAAAUAUUUGGAUCUUAAUUGAGU